UGUUUUCAAGACAAUCUGCUGUUUAGUGCUGCAUUCUGAGACUCCUAUCCGCGCUGGUUAGGUCAUGGAGAAAGGGCAUACAUACCAAUCCAUUUCGCGCUGAUGCCAAGGAUGCCUUUUCCUCUUAUGCUCUCCAGGAAAGCACCCCAGUGGACUGCAAACUUUUGCGUGAUGGAAUCAACUCUUAAUCGCAACAGUGGCUGCAAUACUUUUGGGACCUCGUUUAGUUUUGUGUCUUUUCCCAGUCUUAGAAUUUCUAAAGAACACUGCAGUGUGGGAUGUGAAUGAUAGUUAUUAUUAAUUAAUAAAGAAGAUAUUUAUUGAGGCGAACUCUCUCUGCUCAUCCUCUUUACUUUUAUCUCGUGAACAUUUUUUGUGCCGGCUAUAUGGGAAUUAAGCACUCGUCCCGCUGUAUGCUCCUCAGGAGAAAAAUGGCGGAGUCUGAGAGCAUUGAGCAGCCGCCGCCGCAGCCACGGCCGAUCCGCAUAAUUCAGUCCCAGUCGGCACAGCCCACCUCAUUGCCCAAGCCGGUGCCUUCAAUCCACCAUGCCUCACGGCCUCCUCUACCACCACACACACCGCAUGUGGCCAGCCUUCCCAACUGUCCAGGGCGGGGGAAGAUGUCCAAGCUCCUUAGCCCAGAGGAGAUGACCUCACGAGACUACUACUUUGACUCUUACGCCCACUUUGGUAUACAUGAGGAGAUGCUGAAGGACGAAGUGAGGACGCUCACCUACAGGAACUCCAUGUACCACAACAAGCACGCCUUCAAGGACAAAAUUGUGCUGGAUGUUGGAAGCGGGACUGGGAUCCUGUCCAUGUUCGCGGCGAAAGCGGGGGCAAAGCACGUGUAUGGGAUUGAAUGUUCCAGCAUAUCAGAGUACUCAGAGAGGAUCAUCAAGUCCAACCACCUCGACAGCGUGAUCACCAUAUUCAAAGGCAAGGUGGAGGAGGUGGAGCUUCCUGUUGAGAAAGUUGACAUCAUAAUAUCUGAGUGGAUGGGCUACUGCCUCUUCUAUGAGUCCAUGCUCAACACCGUCAUAUUUGCCAGGGACAAGUGGCUGAAACCCGGUGGAUUAAUGUUUCCUGACCGUGCCUCUCUGUACGUGGUGGCCAUAGAGGACAGGCAGUACAAAGACUUCAAAAUACAUUGGUGGGAGAAUGUGUAUGGGUUCGACAUGACCUGUAUCCGUAAUGUGGCCAUGAUGGAGCCACUGGUGGACGUAGUGGACCCCAAACAGAUGGUGACCAAUGCCUGCCUCGUCAAGGAGGUGGACAUCUACACAGUGAAAAUUGAGGACCUGUCAUUCACCUCAGCGUUCUGCCUACAGAUCCAAAGGAACGACUACAUCCAUGCACUGGUUACCUACUUCAACAUCGAGUUCACCAAGUGUCACAAGAAGACUGGUUUCUCCACUGCACCAGAUGCUCAAUACACACACUGGAAGCAGACGGUGUUUUACCUGGAGGACUAUUUGACAGUGCGGAGAGGAGAGGAGAUUGUCGGCAGUAUUGAUAUGAAGCCCAAUGAGAAAAACAAUGGCUUCUGUACCCUCUCACCCUUAUUUCUUUUCUCUCUUAACCUGCAGCGUGACUUGGACUUUACCUUCGAGCUGGAUUUCAAAGGGCAGCUGUGUGAAGCGGCAAUAUCGCACGACUACAAGAUGCGAUAAGAUGGACUGGGGGACAGUGGUGCCCCGCUGAGUACAACCACUGAGCACCAGAGGGAGACAGAGGCACUCCCAUGACCACAGAUAGACACAUUGUGUGAAGAUAGAGCAGCAGAGAAUCAGAAAAAAAGACCAGGCCAAAGACCAAGUAGAGGUGGGCCCAAUGACGAUGUAACUAUCGCCACUACAGUGUGUAAUGAAAGCAGGAGGUUAGUCAUGCUGACUGUUAAACAGACCUGAAUGUAACACAACAAAAAGAGGUCAGGAAUAUCUCCUAGUCUGAAUGUUACUGAUGUGCGUAUAUGUGAGAUGGAUUGAUGUAAAUGUGUGUUCUUCUCAGUAUGUUUUUUAUUUUCACUGGACCUUUGGGAUAGUUUUAAAAUGACAGCAGAGCUCAUGUAUUCAACUGCAGUGUUCUCCACAUUCUGGUAUAGAUACAUUAAAGGGUCUAUGUUUAUUAUGUAAUGUAGGGAAUGAUUGUUAGAGGCUAACUUUUAUUUUUAGUUGUGUCAGUUUAGCAAUGCAGGAAGACAAACCGCAAUUGAAAGCCACAGCCAAGGACUUUAUAAGUGUAAUGUGAAUGAUAACACGUGUUUGCAUAGUCAGUGUAAUAUAGCUUUCUGUGAGUGUGUAUUAAGAGGUGUCACACAGCCCUGUGUUAUCAGUGUGAGCAAAAUGUUGACAUGCUAAUAACAGACCUCGCCCAUCCUCAAUGCCUUGAUGAAGUGCCGAAGUGUUUUCUUUUUUCCCCCCUUACUGCUGCACCUAGUUUAUUUUAUAGUGUCAUGUAUAAACGCUCUUUUUUAUUUUGGUUUAUAAAUAUUAGAUAUAAACACGCUCAAGCAAGAAGUUGCUUUAGUCCUCAUCUGGGCACAAUCCAUGUCAAGCAAUACAACUAUAAACCUAUGUUGGCUAGGGCCAGACAAAUGUUCACGAUAGGCUAAGGGGCGGGACACCUCUAAGUGGUUGACCAAUCAGAAAAGAGCUGAAAGGCCAGCCAACCAAUCAAAGCAGACUCAGUUGCUGUUUCAGACAGAAAUGGGGCUGCAUGAGAAAAAUACAGACCUUUUUGAAAAUGAGUAUGUAAACAUGUCACAGUAAAGGCACAACAUACAAAACGAACCUGAAAUUCUUCAUUAAGCGGCAUAGAGGCCUGCGAUAAAAAUAAAUAAAGUUCAAAACAAUUUUGUGGGAGUAUUCCUUUAAGUCUUAGCCCCUACCGGACCUGCCAUAUCAAUAUCUUGGUUUGCAUUACAUGAGAUAAGGAAUCAUUUUGCUUGUAACAUGCAUACAAGAACACACUGAAGGUUUCAUUCACUCAACAAGUGGACCAGGGCAAAGAUGACCUCACAUUAAUAAUCCUAUUUAAGCCUCAAACUAUCAACUAGGGAAACCAUUCAGUAUCGCAUUAUCUUUCCCAGAUCAUAAUUAUGUGUAUAUGAUAUUAUUGUGUCCAGAGAGAGCCAGGAAGCAGCCUCUGAUCCCAUAUCUAACUGAAGGAGCCCUAUUCAUGUUUUUGCGGCUGAAAUCAAAAUGUAAGGUAUAAUUAAUGGAGGGGACAUUUAUAAAGCAUGCACUUUAUGCUAGUAACUGAGAAUAUAGUAAUUAACUGAGUACUGUUUCCUCACAGCAGGCACUUUCUUUCAUCCUGACUAUUUUACCGGGUGCUGGCAGCUACAAAUGAGCAAUGCUUUGAGUCAGUAAUGCUAGCAGCAGACUAUAAGUAAUCAUGUUUGUUUAUAAUGAUCCCUGCUGUGGAGAUGGAGAUGCACCUUUGAAUGUGUUCUCAAAGUCCGCUGUUCAAAUUAAACCCAAAUUAAGUUUUCCAUAAAGUCAUAUAAAUGCUACUGAAUUGGCAUGCUAAUUCCACCAAAUAUUAUAGAUAAUAUUUCUCAUAUUGUCAUGUCAACUUGAAUAAACAGCAAUGUCCAAACUCA